UAAACGGGUGGCCGGAACCAAAAAACUCUAGACGCUGUUAGCCGGAACCCAAAAACAAACAAUCUUAGACGCCGACCGCUAGGGGCUCGCUGGCUCUCAAAGUUGUUCACCAAGGGGCGAGCUAGCAGCGGCGUGAACAAAAAACAAACAAAAAAAGUUACUUUUAAAAAAAAACGAACAGCAACAACGAAACGGGGCAAAGAGGACAUUUUAACGACGCGGUUUUGUUUUUUUUAUUAUUAUUUAGAGCGAGCGAGGCAAUUCUCAACCGUGACGAUGUUCCCAAGUUGACCGCGCGUUUUGUAUUUAUGUAAAUCGGCGGCAGCGGGCCCAUGCGCGGCUCAUGGGCUAAUUAUUAACUAAUUACGAGCAGAAAAAACGUGGUGGUGGUAGGGGGGGGGGGCGGUCGCCGUUCAUGCAUGACUUCAUUGUUUUUGUUGUUUGUGUUUAACUUUGGGUGGGAGGGUGAAAGCUGUGGGAAGGCGGCAGCGGCGGCAGCGGCUCGUCAGCACGGAUGAUGGAGCCGCUUCAGAUUCUGGAGUCAGACUCGCACGGAGGCUCUGCCAUCCUGCUGGCGGCCACAUGCGCCGUGGCUGCGCUGGGCGGCCUCGCCUUCGGCUACGCUCUGGCCGUACCCUCGGGCGCGCUGCCGCACCUCCGCGAUCGCUUCCUGCUGAGCUCGGCACAGCAGGAGCUGGCGGUCGGCGCCGCGCUGGCGGGCGCCCUCGUCGCCUCGCUCCUGGGCGGGCCCCUCCUCGACCGGCUGGGCCGUCGCUCCGCCGUGGCGUGCAGCGGCGCCCUGCUGGUGACGGGCAGCGCCUUUCUCGCGUGCGCACCCUCGUACGCCGCGCUGCUCGGGGGCCGCGCCGUCGUGGGGGUGGCCAUCGCGGCGUCCUCCGUGGCGACGUGCGUCUACGUGGCCGAGGUGGCGCACCCGCGCCGCCGCGGGGCCCUCGUGUCGGCCUACGAGCUGGGCGUGACGGGCGGGGUGCUCGCCGCGUACGCCGCGAACCUCGUGCUGGGGAGAGGCCCCGGGGGCACGGUGGGCGGCGUCGCGCCGUGGCGGUGGAUGUUCGGCCUGUGCUGCGUGCCGGCCCUCGCGCAGGUGAUGCUGCUCGUCGCGUGCCUUCCCGCGUCGCCGAGCUCGCUGCUGCGGUGCGGGCAGGCCGAGGCCGCGGAGAGGACCCUGCGCAGGAUCCUGGGCCAGCAGGAUGUCAGCGCAGAGAUCGACGCACUCAGAUCAUCUUUGGAGAUGGAGAAGCAAUAUAGCGUGCUUGACCUUCUGCGGAGGAAGGAUAGCAUGCGCACGCGCAUGCUCAUCGGCGGCGGACUCGUCGCGUUCCAGCAGCUCACGGGCCAGCCCACCGUGCUCUUCUACGCGGCGAGCGUGUUCCGCGCGGCGGGGUACCGCGGGGAGGCCUCCGUGCUGCUCGCCUCCGUGGGCCUCGGCCUCGUCAAGGUGGCCGCCACCUCCGUGGCCGUGGCCGUGGUGGAUCGCGUCGGGCGCCGCCGCUCGCUGCUCGCCGGCUCCGUCGCCAUGGCUCUCUCGCUCGCGGCGGUGGCGGCCGCCACGUCUGGCCUGGGGGACGCAGCGGGCGGGAACACGAGCGCCGUCGCGUCGGGAGGGAACGACACGAUGGGCGGGCCAUCGUGGGCCAACUGGACGCACGUGGAGGAUGGAGGUGUGAGCGUGGGCCCCACCGCCCGCUGGGCCUCGCUGCUCGCCAUCCUGGCCUUCGUCGGCGCCUUCUCACUCAGCUACGGGCCUAUGACCUGGGUGCUGCUGAGUGAGAUAUUUCCAGCUGGCAUCAAAGGUCGGGCCAUCGCUGUGACCACUAGCCUCAACUGGGGCAUCAAUCUGGUGGUGUCGCUCGUCUUUCUGGAUAUCAUCGAGUGCCUGGGGCUAUCGAUGACAUUCCUGCUGUAUGCUAUCAUGGGCGUGGUGUCCGUGGUAUUUGUGAACGCGUUCGUGCCCGAGACGAAGGGUCAGACCCUCGAGGAAAUAUCCCAGCAGCUAAAUUCCACACACACGAGGGCGCUGUGGUGCUGUGGAGAUGCGAAGCGGAGGCAGAAUCGCGAAGAGGUCCAGUACAGGCGGCUGGAUGGUUGCGCUCCCCUUUAAGGGACCCAUUUCAGUCGGAUUGACACGUGGCUUUUCCACGUGUACGGUUUAUACUGCAUUUCUAUAAAGCGUUUGCUCGGUAAACAAGUAAUGAACACGCAACCAUUUUGGGAUGGUCAAGUUAGCAAGAUCACAAAACAGCUUCUGAAUUUACACCAGAGGAUUUAUUUAAAUAAGGCUUUAGUAACUGUGAUAUGUAUUGCAUUUUCAGUCGGUCAUUGUGAUGAUCAAAUGUUGACGCUGUAGCCAGCCAAGUUACCAAGAUCACAAAAUAGUUUACACGUAUGUAAGCAGUUAAGGCAACUGCACAGUACCAGUGGAAAUUACAUGUUACAAAAUAAGUGCAAUUAUGACGACCAAUUUAGCAAUUGCUUGCCUAUUUAUCUAUGUGCCUUUUAAAAAAAUAUACAUAAGGGAACAAAUAUUGCUUUCGCCCACAAACAUUUUGAUGCCUCAUCCUUAUGGCGAAAAAACAUCGGGCGAGGUGCAACCCAAAUCCAACGUCAUACACUCCAGUCAUACGCGCACUGAGUGACGCAUUUGUUUAAUAUUCUAAUUUAAUCAAUUGUUGUGCCUUGAUGCGUCGACCCAAUCAUUGCGCGCGUGUGUACAUAGUGCGGAGCAGUAGCGUAGCGGUUAGUGCGCUGCGCUAUGAACCUGGCGACCCGAGUUCGAUUCCCGCUCACGGUCAACAGCA